AUGAAAGUUAGCCAGCUCUACGUCUACCCGGUCAAGUCGCUACGGCCAACGACCGUUAAAGAGGGCAUUUUAACACCUCGCGGCUUCAAAUAUGACCGCCACUUUAUGCUCCUCAAGGUCUUGCCUGCUGAGGAUGGCUCCAAUUCGACAAUUCUGAAGAAUAUGCAUGUCCCCCACUUCCCAGAGAUGGCCCUUUUCCACACCGACCUUGAGUACCCCCAGACGGAGAACGACAGUGGAAAAGUAAUCGUCACAUAUCACCCACCCUCGUCGGGGUCCGAACCCGAGCCCCGCGACAUCAAAAGACUCGAGAUCCCCCUCCAACCCGACAUCAAGACCCUCCAACCUCUCAAAGUCACAAUGCACCAGAGCCCAACCACAGGUUACAACAUGGGCGUCGAAUACAGCGACUGGUUCAGCUCCUGUUUCGGAUAUCCCGUAGUCCUCGCGUACCUCGGACCAAACUCACGAGAAGUACUGGGCACAUUAGCACCAGCCAAAGCCAACAAAAAGCCAACCCUACAACGAAUCCAGGAUCUUUUCCGAAACAAAUCCACAGACAACAAGCGAGAUUGGGUCUUACCCGUGUUGGUAAUCGCAUUCAUGGCCAACGUACUCAUCCAUGCAGACAGUUUCAUCCGACACGGAAGGACUCCCCAGACGGCAAGUAGUCUCCUGCCCGCACUCAUCGCCCCUGUUGCGCUAGUACUGUUUUCCAUGCUAGGCGCAAAGACUGAAGAGGACCGCAUCACCUUCGCAGACUGUGCGCCCUACCUAGUGAUCUCCGAGACAUCCGUCGAUAAUGUCUCGGCACGACUGCCGGACGGGACGGAGAUGGAUCGGACUAAAUUCCGGCCUAACAUCGUUGUUUCCGGGGCUGAGAAUGCCUUUGAAGAGGACUAUUGGAGUGUGCUUACCCUAGGCUCUGAAAAGAUGCGGUUGCUAUUGACUGGUAAUUGUGUACGCUGUCAGAGUCUUAAUGUUGAUUAUACGACUGGCAAGAUGGGAACUGAUGAGUCUGGGGCUGUUCUCAAGAAAUUGAUGAAAGAUCGUAGGGUGGAUAAGGGGGCGCGAUUUAGCCCUGUGUUUGGACGCUAUUCGUUUUUGGAGCCCCGGGGCAGUGGGACGAAUCUUAGAGUUGGGGAUGAGGUUGUUGUUGCGGAGCGCGGCAAGGAGAGGACUGUCCUCGAUUGGCCCGGUUUGACGAAUUAG